UUUCGAUGCUGCACAUUAACGGAUGUUAAAGUACUUUAAGUGAAUUGUGGGUAAGCGAUGUGAUCGCUGGAUACAGACGUGGGAGUUACUUCACUAAUUGCCAUAAGUGGAGGCCACCAGUAUUGAAUUCAAGUUUGUCUCUACAUUGUACUAGUCAUCAUUAGAUGUGUUAUAAUCUUCCAGUUUUUAUCACUGAACAAGCAAUUUUUGGUUUUUUAUAAUGUCUCAGGAAGCCUCAUUAGAAGCUUCUGAGACUGAAGAUCUGAGCCUUCUGGAAUCUACUGAAAUGACCACCAUUAACCCCGAUGGUGCCCAUGGGAGCAGCCAUAUUGAGAGUUCGGAUUUGGAAAUUAGUUCAGAUGUAGGCAAACAAAAGUCCCCCAGUGAUUGCUUUCCCACUACAUCCCAUAGUGCUCCAGAAUCUUCCGGCCUUGAUGGUACCAAUCAGAUCUCCUCUGAACCAAGCCAUGGAAGUUCCGACAAAGCUGCAAGUGUCUUUGCCAGUCUUGGGCUGUCAUCAGAAGAUUUUGAUGAACUAGCUAAAAUCCCCGAGAAGAAUCGCAGUGUUGAAAUGAUUUCCCGAAUUUUAUUGCAGAUGAAGUCACAAAAAGGAGAGAUGGAGCAGCUAUCACAGAGAAUACGAGAAAUUCAUUCUCCUGUGCAGGAAAGAACACAUCGAGGUUCCAGGGGUAAUUGGGAAGUUAAACGCAGUAGAACAGAUAACUCUGAUGACUCCGUUGGUCUCCGGCAGUCUGGAAGAUACAGUCACUACAGACCAAGGGAGAAGUUAUCUGGCUCUUAUGAGAGACUUAAUUAUGAUGACAGAGUGAGAAGCAGUGGUAGGGUACCUUAUUCUGAGCAACAUCGUGGAUACCACAGGUCUGAAUAUGAUCGACUGGGGUCAUCUAGUGGGCAAGUUUGGUCCAAAUUGGAGAAAAGGAAGGGACUUCCACCCUCUUACAAGAUUGAGGAUUACUAUGGUGUAUUACCUGGGUCUUUCCCUCACGUGUGCACCAUUUGUGACUGUGAUAUUUUUUUAGUUAAGGACUGGGACUGGCACAUUGGUGGAGCGGGUCAUGCCAAGUCAUGUCAGAUUCUUAUUGAUCAAUAUCCAGAUUGGGUCCCAAGUGGAAUCCAUGAAGAUCUUCGGCUAGUAUCCAGUUCACGACUUGGAUCAGAGAUGGUAGACUCUCCUCCUUAUCGGUUGCAAAGAAGAGGAGUGAGCUCUGACUGGAGUAGUGGAAGAGGAAAGUCAAACCAGGGACAUAAGAGGAAAACACGCAAAUAUGUUGCAGAUAGCAGAGUUGUAGUUGCAGCUUUCAGUAAAGCAUCGUGUUCAAUAACAGAUCUGCUUGAACUUGCCAAGCCAUUUGGAACUGUAACAAAUCAUCUAGAGUUAGCAAACGAGGCAUUUCUGGAGAUGCUUACGCAUGAUGAAGCCAAAGCAAUGGUUGAUAAAUAUAAAUCGUCACCUCCCACAGUCGGUGGAAGUCGGAUUAAGAUUUAUUUGUCAACUGUUCUUCGGACUAUUGAGAAACAAAAGCCUGACCAUGGCACUGGGCAUUCAGUAAUUUAUAUGUGUAAUCUACCUUCUGCAAAAGACAUGACAUCUGAGUUGAUGGAUUUGGCUAAACGUUUUGGGCCUGUGAAAGACAGUCUUAUUUUACAGCAUGAGGCCUUUCUGGAAAUGGUGAACCCUGCUGAUGCUGAAAAGAUGGUCAAGUACUAUCGACUCAAUCCACUUAAAAUGAAAGGCUACAGGAUCAGACUUGAAAUCUGCAGGAAGUACAAAGACCUCAGUUCAAAAACAACCUUUGCUGAUGAUUUGGAAAGCAGAAAAACCAGGCAACAAAGUAAUGACUCUAGCAGCAACCAGUCCAAAACUGUGACCAAAGAUGAAGACUCUCAGAAAGAGGAAUCUGAUACGCCAAAGGAUGAAAAGGAAAAUGAAUCCGAUCUAAUUUCUGAUACAGUGGAUCAUGAAAGUGAAGGUUCUGAAGAGGAAGAUGUAGCCUCAGGAGACCUAAAUGAAAAGGUUGUCAAGUUGGACAUUGUUGAGGAAUUAAACAAAAGCACAUCGCAUCAGUCGGAUGAAAGUCAUAAAUGUCAGAAUCUGGAAUAUCAGCAGGAAAUCAAAAACAAGCCUGUGGAACAAGUGGAAAGUGCUGAGGUGCAAGAAGAGCCCUCUGAUUUAUUGUUUCAGUGUUCAGACAAUAAAACAGAAGGGCCAAAAGAAGAAUGUUUGGAAACAACAGAGGAAAUGCUGACAGAUCCAACGACACAGGACAAGAACACUACAAACAAUGCUGAAACAGAAACGUCAACUGCGUCCCAGAUUAUAGAGCAAAUGGAGACUAAUGAACUUGAGGAAAGGAACUUGGAAGAAUCUUUUUAUCUUGAAGAGGAUGAAGAACUUGAGGCAGAUUUUCCUGAAAACCUAGAGGAUUUUGUUACUUUGGAUGAGGUGGGAGAUGUUGAAGCAGUUGAAACGUCAAAAAGAGAGUCAGGAACUUCUUCCAAAGAUCUCAAGUCGACAAAGGAAAGAAGAGUUGUCUCUAUAAGUCACUUUGUGAGGAAAAAAAACUUUGAGAAAGAAAUUCUCAAACUUGCUGAAUCUUUUGGCAAUGUAAUAAACUACUUGAUACUUGGUUAUAAGAAGGUGGCUUUUUUGGAAAUGCCAUCAAGCGAGGCAGCAAGAAAAAUGGUUGAAUUUUACAAUACAAAUUCAGCUAUGGUUUGUGGAGAAACGGCAAAGGUUCAUCUUUCAAACACAUAUAAGACUAUGAAUAAUGUUGGACGGGUGGUAUACUUGAAACCCCUGCCACCCACAAGAUUUUUGGAUAAAUACAUCCUGAAUCUUUCAAAAUCCUUUGGAAAAGUUAGGAUUUACUUAAUUCUUCAUGCACGAGAUGAGGCUUUUGUUGAAAUGGAGUCCUCUGAUGCUGCUUAUAGAAUGGCAAAUCAUUACAGAGAUAAUCCAAUAUUGUUUUAUGGAAGAAAGAUUCGUAUUUCCUUAUGCAAAAAGUAUAAAAAACUAACAAAAGGGAAAAGACCUUCCUUACACUCUUCUGAAACUGAAGAGCAUCUUGAUAGAGAGGAAAUAGAAAGUAGCAAAGGCCAUAGGGGACCUUCGAAGAGUAAGUUAAAGGCAAAAGAAAAAGUUGGUACUUCUGAGAAAAGAACCCAUAGCCAUGAAUCAAGAAGCAGUCAGAAGGUUACAACUGAAAAAGAGGAAGGAGAAUCUGAAAUGAAAAAAUUAAAAAUGGAAGAGGAUGACAUGAAAGUAGAAGAACACAUAAAUGAAGAUUCUGACCAAGGCAUUGUCUGUAUCAUGACAGAAGAAGAGGAGGAGAAACUGGAAGAAAUUAUUUUGGUGAAUAGUAACCCUUCAGAAACGUGUGGCAGCCCAAAGGGCUCUGAGGCAAACCCUGAGACAGUAAAUAAAGAAGUUGAGUGCCAUAAAGUUGAAGAUGACAAACCUGAUGUUGGUGAAUGUGCAAAUCUGGAGGCAGAAUCUGAGAAUUCCGUCUCAAACAGUGAGAAUGUGACUACUGCUAAAGAAGAGAAGAAGCUAAAUGAAGAUAGUCUUCUGCAAAAAUCAGAUUCACAUGUUAUGACAGAGAACAUCACAACAAAUAUGUGUAAUACUGAUUCAUUAGAAAUAUCAGGCUCUCACGAAAAAUCCAUGGAAGAUUCAUUAGUUGUUCCUAAAUGUGAAAGAACAGUAGAGAUGGGGAAAAAACCAAAGCAUGAACCUGUAGGCCCUUACCAGCCCAAGAACCCCGUGGGUAUUGAGUUUGUGACCCCCAAGUUUGGUUACUUUUGCGAGCUCUGCAACCUGUUCUACUUAAAAGAAGAGGUGGCGAAGGUUACUCACUGCAGCAGCUUGACACAUUACAAAAAAGUGAAGGAACACUAUAAUAGUGAAAUAAAUGAAUAAAAGAAUUUCAUAAGAAGAGUCAUUUUUAUACUGGAUGAUGAUUAUAAUAAGAAACGAGGCUUAUGAAACAUUGGAUUGCAUUGACUUUUGGUAUAUAAAUAUAUAUAUUUUUCCCUUGAAGAAGUCAACUUCAAGUUAUACUAUUUUGUCAGCAACAAUAUUGCUUAAAUUUAAGGACCAGUUAAUUGUGCUGUUGUAGGCUGUGAUUUAUUUUCUUUGUUUGUUUAUGCACCCCUAGAUUAUCUCGUUUAUUAUGUACAAUAUGCCUAUUUGUGUAGGUUAUUUGACUAGGUAACCAUGACUUUUGUUCAGUUUUGUGUGUGGGUUGCGUGGGUGGGCUGGUCAGUGAGGGGUUACUUAAUAUUGUUUCUACUGCGCAGUUUUAAUGUAAGUAGAAUACAAUAAACAAACUAAAAUCAAAUCAAAAUUCCUAAUUGU